AGUUUUACAUCCUGCAAAGUGUUGUACAUUGGAGUCAGCACUAGGAAGGAAGUAGCAGCUUAUUUAAGUGCCCUUGCUACUCCCACCACAGCUGGCUGGCUGUUAAUUAACACACUCCAGACUCUGGCACUGCUACAGUGUGGGACUUACUUACUGAUACUCCUAACCUGUGGACACCAUGACAACCAGGGACUUACUUACUGAUACUCCUACCAUGACGUCACCAAGGCAACCAGAGACUUACUGAUACUCCAUCCCUGACGACAUCAUGACAACCAGGGACUUACUGAUACUCCUACCCUGAUGACACCAUGACAACCAGGGACUUACUGAUACUCCUACCAUGUCACCAUGACAACCAGGGAUGUACUUACUGAUACUCCUAUCCUGUCAACACCAUGGAAACCAGGGACUUACUUACUGAUACGCCUACCAUGACGUCACCAUGGAAACCAGGGACUUACUAACUGAUACGCCUACCAUGACGUCAUCAUGGAAACCAGGGACUUACUUACUGAUACUCCUGUCCUGUCAACACCAUGGAAACAAGGGACUUACUUACUGAUACGCCUACCAUGACGUCACCAUGGAAACCAGGGACUUACUAACUGAUACUCCUGUCCUGUCAACACCAUGGAAACAAGGGACUUACUUACUGAUACGCCUACCAUGACGUCACCAUGGAAACCAGGGACUUACUUACUGAUACUCCUAAUCCUGUCGACACCAUGGCAACGAGGGACGUACUCACUGAUACAUCUACCACAAGGUAGCUGACAACUUCGGACUGCCAUUGUCACUGGUGCUACUGAUCCCGUGACUUCACGAUGAUCAAGUUCCGCCUUCAACCCGAUGGCGUCCCCAUUGCAAUGAACAUUACUGAUCUGACUUACAAGGACUUUCCCGAAUACCAGACAGGGGUGAUUAUGUGGAAGUCGAUCUCUCCGCUGCUCAUUCUGAUUGGUACGUUCGGAAGCUUGCUGUCUGUCAUCGUGUUAUGCCGCAAGCGGAUGCGAACCUCGACGACGAUGUUUUACUUGGCUGUGUUGGCGGUCACUGACGUCUUCGUGUUGUAUACAGGGUUACUGCGUUACUGGCUAAAUUACACGUUUGACGAAGAUAUUCGCAUUUAUUCAGACUUUUCUUGCAAAUUCCAUAUAUUUCUUGUGUAUGUGUCUCUAGACUUCGCAGCUUGGAUACUGGUUGCGCUCACCGUUGAUAGGUGUCUCUUCGUAUUCGCACCUUUCAAAGCCCGGAAGUACUGUACCCUGCGGAGGGCGAGAAUUACCGCCGCCGCCAUGUUGGGUUUCUUGAUGGUGAUCAACGUUCACUUCGCCUGGUCGUAUGGUCUCAGUCCUCGUACGAUAUUCGGGGAAGGGGUAGAUUGUUAUGCUGCUAACGACGACAUGAAACAAUUUGUUACUGUCAUCUGGCCUUGGAUUGAUCUGUUCAUCGUAUGUUUCGUCCCGUUCACCAUCAUGAUCAUCUGCAACGUCAUCAUUAUCAGGAAGCUCGCCAUCUCUGCCAGCAAGAUUCGUCGGCACACCGUUUCCGAGCGUGAGAGGUUCCAAUAUGAACUAAAAUCGACCAAUCAGAACGUACACCACAUCAGUACUCCGCCUGGCCAAUCAAAACAUCCGAAGAUCAGCGUCAUAAGCACGCAGUCAAACAACAACAACAACAACAACAACAACAAUACAAAAGCCAGAUCAGCUUGUCCGAAAUCGUCCCACCUCACGGUGAUGUUAUUAUCAGUCAACUGCCUGUUCUUGCUGCUGACGUCACCAAUUGUUGUGUACAUGAUCGGGUUCGGAACAUGGCGCGAGGACCCUGAUCCUCAAACCGAGGCUCGGCUCCAUCUGGGCUGGUGUCUGGUGAAUCUGUUGCAGUACACGAACAAUGCCGCUCAUUUCUUUCUCUACUGUCUCACGGGACCACGAUUCAGGAGGGAGUUACUCCGAAUGAUGUCCCCGAAAAACAAAGUUAAUGCUGAACCAAGCGUCACACUCGAUCCGUAUCACUGAAAGAAGUCACCGUCGACAUUAAGUCCGAUCACUAUCUGAUCUGGCCACCAUACAUGAGUUAUAUCAGAUUUACAUCAGAUUUACAUCAGAUAUACAUCAGAUUUACAUCAGAUUUACAUCAGAUAUACAUCAGAUUUACAUCAGGUUUACAUCAGGUUAACAUCAGAUUUACAUCAGAUUUACAUCAGAUGUACAUCAGAUUUACAUCAGAUUUACAUCAGAUAUACAUCAGAUUUACAUUAGGUUUACAUCAGGUUAACAUCAGAUUUACAUUCUAUUUGGAGACGGUACAGAAGUUUGGAACUUUUUUCAAUAUGUGAAAACAAAAGUAAACGGGAUACAUUGCGUUCACGUCUAGAGCAGUGAAUAAGGUGCCACAGUUCUGAGUUUAGAGUUACUUCCCUUAGUAAUGCCAGUAUCCGCUAUUCGAGGGUUCGAAAUCCAGAUUCUCCUCGACGAUGAUCAGUAUGCUUUCCCGUGACAGUAUCACUGUACUGAUACGGGUCGCUGCUCUAACUAUCAAUCACGGAUUCUGUGAUCCAGACUCGAUUACUCCAGGUCGAUUGUACUGGAUGUGAUAAGGAUACGUAUAUUUGAGGAGGCACGGGUGGCCCUGUCGUCUUAGGCGCCACGGUUCGCUGUGUGGAUUUGCGUCCCUUGGGCACGCCAGAAACCUAUGAUUGAUGGUUCGAAUCCCGGUUCGCCCCGAUUAUGUAUCU